AUUUACGUCUUGCUUCUCGAAGAACUCCUCUUCUGAAUUUUUGUUCUUUUUUCUUUUUUUCUUGAGAGACAAGCACAUAAAAACUCAGACAACAUGACAAACCUCAAGUCGACCGCAGAUCCGCCCCCUUACUACCCCCCUUCUAUCGCCAGCGAUAUCACCAAAUACUUCCUCUCCGCAACCUCGUUUCUCCAUGGCCAAGUUACCGAGCUCAGCCGAGUCCUCGGACACAAAGUGAUCAUCGAAGCUGACUGGCAGCGUCUGCUGGACGAGUUCGGCGAACAACAAAAACCUACACUCGUCGAAGCAGCCUACGACAUCAUGGUAUCAUGGUGCGAUGAGCUGCAAUUGAUUCUUGAUCACCCGGAUGACGAUGAUUGGUUGACUAGGCUUCUCACCCGUCUGGUCAAAGCCAAUGGAAAGCUGAGGGUCAUGUUGGAUGUGUGGGAGAAUAGUCAGUUGGGCACGAGUUGGUCGGAUGAGAGAAAUGGUUUCUUCGUGCACUUGCCGAAGCAUUUUCUAUUCGUAAGGAGGGCGUUGAAAAGGGGGCAAAGUGUGAUUCGCGAAGAGUUCCAAAAGGAAUUGUUGUCGUGCUUCGUGACGACUGCAAAUGAUAAGGAGGACUCGAACCCCGAGCUGGGAAAGGAGGCGUGGACGGGAACAGCGACGGAGUCACUGAAGCAGUUGAGUGUGAGGGACGAGAAGUCGGGAGAAGAAAGGUCAAGCAAUGCCAAUGGAGCUGCUCCGGCCGCUGCUUGUAAAACACAGCCGAAUGUCGCGAACGCGAAGACGACCACAACCUCGUCCGCGUCUUCUGCCGAGCCAAAGCCAGCGAGCUUUCCUACUGUCGCCUCCCUCCCAACGCUCUCCGAGAUCUGCUCGAGACCGCCCUACCAUAUCACCAUCCAGGACGGGUCAAAGCCUGGUUGGAUCAGCAUUCAUGGUAGCCACGGCGCUUCGCUGAAGCUCAUUGACAAAUAUAUCAGCAAAUGGACCCCAAACGUCGAAAUGGAGAGCGAGGAUGGGCCGCCGACCAUUGACAGAGCGGUGAAUGGAGCGUUGACUACGCUGACGAUCAGGAGGGUGGUCGUAGAAAGGUCAUUCAGGGUGAGGCCGCAGUCAGUAACGAUGCCGAUGGUGUUGGCGAUUAUAGAAGGCACGCUGGGCUAUGAGGUCGUCUGGCAUGGAAGCGGAGAGUACAGGUUGAGGAGAGAUGCGCCGUUUGUGUAAGGUGAGCGCCUGGUGAUAUGUAGUCCUUAUGAGCCUCAACGCGUUUUCAAUCGCGGUCAUCGGACCCGAGGUCGAUAAGGCGGGUCGAAGAUAACCAGUGAUGUUGUCGCUGGCGAUCAACAAAACAAAGCCCCUGAGACCGGACCCUGGGUUCCUGAAAGGGAGCCUCAUUGCGGAUCGCGCGACUCGGAGUGGUGGAUCCCGUCGUGGCCGAUCAAUGGACAUAUGGCUUAUUUCUAGUGACGAAAGGGCAUGAAUAGGAUGGGAGGCUCAUUUUGUUCGGUUUCUGCGGAAGUUGCAAUUAUAAGUAAAUUCGGA